CUCUGACAUCCGGCUGUCCCACCGGCCCUUCCAGUUUCUCCCGGCACUCGGGGCCCCGGCCCAUGGCGGCCGCGCUCGGCCGCCUCUGCUGAGGGACCCGGCCUGCGUGCUGACCCCUGGCCGGCCCCAUGCGCCUGCGGGGGCCGCCCUGCCCGGCGCCCCCCGGCAUGGAGCUCUUCCUGCGGAAGCGGCUCGCCUUUCUGUCCUUCUUCUGGGAUAAGAUCUGGCCGGACGGGGAGACGGAGGAGGGCGCCCCCGAGCCCCCGGGACCUGGCGCGGCCCCGGCGCCCGAGCCCCCCGCCGCGGGGGAGCCCGGCGGCCCCGCGCUGCCUCGAGCCCAGCUCUUCCGUGCGCUCUACGACUUCAGCGCGCGCUGCGCCCAGGAGCUGAGCGUCAGUCGCGGGGACCGGCUCUACGCGCUCAAGGAGGAGGGCGACUACAUCUUGGCGCAAAAGCUCUCAGGCCCGCCCAGCACCGGGCUGGUGCCCAUCAGCUAUGUCGCCAAAGCCACCCCCGAGGCCCUCCUAGACCAACCCUGGUAUUUCAGGGGGAUCAGCAGGACCGAGGCCCAGCAGCUACUCUUGUCACCCCCCAACGCUGUGGGGGCCUUCCUCGUUAGGCCCAGCGAGAGCAGCCUCGGAGGGUUCUCACUCUCAGUCCGGGCCCAGGCCAAAGUCUGCCAUUACCGCAUCUGCACAGUGCCCAGUGGCAGCCUCUACCUGCAGGAGGGCCGGCUCUUCCCCAGCCUGGAGGCCCUGCUUGCCUACUAUAAGGCCAACUGGAAGCUGCUCCAGACCCCCUUGCUGCAGCCCUGCGUGGCCCCGAAGGCCCUCGUGCAGGACGAGUGGGAGCGGCCACACUCGGAGUUCGUCCUCCGGAGGAAGCUGGGCGAAGGCUACUUUGGGGCCGUGUGGGAAGGCCUGUGGUUGGGCUCCAUGCCGGUGGCGGUGAAGGUCAUCAAGUCAGCCGACAUGAAGCUGGCCGACCUCACCAAGGAGAUCGAGGCACUGAAGAGCCUGAGGCACGAGCGGCUGAUCCGGCUGCAUGCCGUGUGCUCUGCGGGGGAGCCCGUGUACAUUGUCACUGAGCUCAUGGGCAGGGGCAACCUGCAGGCCUACCUGGGCAGCCCCGAGGGCCAGGCCCUGAGCCCGCCUGUUCUGCUGGGCUUCGCCUGCCAGGUGGCCGAGGGCAUGGGCUACCUGGAGGAGCGGCGCGUUGUCCACCGGGACCUGGCGGCCAGGAACGUGCUCGUGGGUGAUGACCUCACCUGUAAGGUGGCUGACUUUGGUCUGGCCCGCCUCCUCAAGGAUGACAUCUACUCCCCAAGCAGUGGCUCCAAGAUCCCAGUGAAGUGGACUGCACCCGAGGCGGCCAAUUACCGCGUUUUUUCCCAGAAGUCAGAUGUGUGGUCUUUUGGGGUCCUGCUCUAUGAGGUCUUUGCCUAUGGCCAGUGUCCCUAUGAAGGAAUGACCAACCAUGAGACCCUACAGCAGAUCAGCAGAGGGUACCGGCUGCCGCGCCCGGCUGCCUGCCCGGCAGAGGUGUACCUGCUCAUGUUGGAGUGCUGGAAGGGCAGCCCAGAGGAGCGGCCCUCUUUUGCUACGCUUCGGGAGAAGCUGGGUGCCAUCCACAGGCGGCUUCACCUGGGCCUCACGUGACCAAGGGCUCCGGGCCCGUGCGAUCAGUCGUCACUACCAGCGGGGCCUCCCGAGGACCGUGCCUGCCGCCACCGCCCACCAGGGACGCCACACAGCCUGGAGCAGUGCCAGACACAGAACGCCUCACUACGGGCCUCUCUU